AUGGCACUGUCUCGGGUUUGCAUGCGCCUGCCUUUAAUUUUUGCGGCAUUCUUUGUACUUCCGGCGUUUGCUGAUGUACAAAAGACAAGCUUCCCAAGACGUACUCGUCCAAUCCAGUUGAUUGUUGUGGACGUGGACGGAACCCUCACCACACCGGAGGGUGUUUUUGCGCGCCAGAACAUCGAAGGGUUUAUCCUGGCGAAAACGCUAGGCAUUACAGUUGCAUUUGCUACGGGAAAAGAUCCGAAGGCGACCGAAGACGCUAUUGGCUUCGAUACGCUAGAGGCAAUUGGCUAUUUCGGCUUUCCUGGGGUGUUUGUGAAUGGCGCGUACGUAGUGGACGGGGAUGGAAAUAUUAUCUCAGAUGGUCCGCUGACUUGUAGCCAGAAGGAAAGACUUCUGACGUCUUUUGCCACUCAUGGACUCGAUAAUGUCUCUUUUGGGAAGACACCGCCCGGGCCGGUCCUAGGACUGAGAAACCCAACCUACACUUUAUUCUAUAGAGCAGUGGUGAAAGCCGACCCCGCGAAGAUUGACGAAGUGCUGCCGCUUUUGAAAGAAGAAUUUGACGGAGAGCUUGGAUUUGCGAGGUGGGCGGCUUCUGCCUUCAGUGCGUAUCGGUCUGAAUUCAACAAGGGCUCCGGGCUGCUUCAGCUUGCCAGUUGUUUGAGCAUUGAUUCUGGGGAUGUCCUGGCCCUGGGAAACGCGGAUAACGACUUGCCCAUGUUCAAAGAAGCGGGCGUAGCAGUUUCUGUCGGGGACGGUGAGGAUAUCGCCAAGGAGGCAGCUGACUAUGUUACAGUGGAGAGCAGUGAGGGCGCAUUACUCGCUGUCGUACAAGAAAUCAUGAAGCUUGGAUAUUAUCCACUUGCCUCUCAACAAGCUAAGGAGACGGAGUGA